AUGUCGGCCCACAGCUGCAGUGAAAUGCAGGCUUCUGAACCCUGGGCUGCAGUGGAGCCGCUGUCUAGCCAGACCAUGAGUGGCGGAUAUGAUCUCAACCUCUUCACCACCCCUCCUGACUGCAACUUCCUGUGCUCUGUCUGCCAUGGGGUACUCAAGAGGCCAGUGAGGUUGCCCUGCAGUCACAUCUUCUGCCAGAAGUGCAUCCUUCGGUGGUUAGCCAGACAAAACACCUGUCCGUGCUGCAGGAAAGAGGUGAAAAGGAAAAAGAUGGUCCAUGUGAAUCAACUCCGGAAAACCAUUGGCCGCCUCGAAGUCAAGUGCAAGAACGCGGAGGCCGGCUGCGCGGUGACGUGCGCCCUGGCCCAUCGCAAGGGACAUGAGGACACGUGUCCGUUCGAGCUGCUCGCCUGCCCCAACGAGGGCUGCGCGGCGCGCGUGCCGCGCGGGGCCGCGUCCCCCGUCUGGCUAUCGGCCCCGCGCGCGCCACCCGGCGCCGGCAGCCAAUUCCGCGUUGUCCCCGGGGCCUCCCAACGCCGGGAAGAAGGGCUGGGCUGUCGGCCCGCGGUGCCUGUCGCCGGACAUGGCGGCCCCGGCCCGGCUCGUGCUCCCGUCCGACGCUGGCACGCUCAGGAUGCUGAGGAGCAGGAGGGCAUCUGUCUCGGAGAAGUUGGGGCGGGGGCAGGAAACAACAUGAAACCCUCGGGCUCGGCCGGGCCGCAGCCCGCCCGCCGGGGCCCCGCCUCCUGCGCGGCCGGCACUGCCGCCCACAUCAAAGAUGGCGGCCCCGGCGUCGUGACGCGCGCGGUGUCACAGUCGUCGCGGAUCGUGACGUAA